CGGUACUCAGUGCCACACAGAUAUUUUGAUUGAAGUGCGAUUGAAUUGAAUUUUUUAAAAUUAUCAUAGUCCGUUAAAUUUUCAGAUAGGUUCCACCGAAAUUAAGAGUUAUAACGACGUUUUAACAGUGUAUGUUUAUUAGUGUUCAUAUUCAUUGUCUAUUUACGGCCCGUGCACUUUUUUAACAGCCAACUUCACCGCCUCCGAAGCACCAGGGGGCGCCAUGUAAUAUAUUCGCCCUGUACCCGUCACCCGGAUGUCCAUCUCACUGGAGACACAUGCUGAUAAUAGAGACGCUGGUCGUGUCGCCUCUAAAAUGGAUUUAAAGAUCAAGAAAACGAGUUCACAGGCUCUGCUGUCAUGCGGCAACGGAGAAGGUCUCGGUGAGAAGCUUCUCCUCAAACCAAUGGCGGGCAGAGCCCUGCAGACGGAGAGGGUCCCGAGAAGCAGCGUGUUGGAGCGGCUGCAGAGCUUCCUGCCUCAGAUGGCCGAGGCCAACGAGAAGCUGAAGCAGCAGAUGGUCGACGCUCCCGUCGGGCACUUUGACAUAGAGAGCGUGGAGGGGGAAGAGAGUGUCAUAGAGAUGGACGUGGCGCUGGUGGAGCUCAGCGGGUCUGACGCCGAAGACGAAGAGGAGACUUCGGACUCCGAGGAGGAAUCGGACUCCGGCGAGGUCACGGAGCAGAACCUCGUAUUACCCGGAGACAAAGGCAAGAAGAAAGCCAACAUCCAGGUUCUCCAUGAGUAGAACGGGUGGCCGCACAGACUUUUGGCUGCGUGUUGAGUUUCUUUGCCCUCCUGAGGUGACGCGGACUAAACUGACCCAAACAUCCGCCUCGGGCGAGGAGGGAUUUUACUUCACGGACACCGAAGACGCAGGUCUUCCCCCCUAGGAACAAGUGUAGAUAUCAUGUUGUAAGUUUAAUAAAGUGCCAGAUGGCCUCGUCCAGUCUGGCGGUCAGCGCACCUCAUUGAACUUGACGUGUUCAGAUCACCGUGGAUCUGUUUGAACAGUUUGUGCUCUUCUGGAAGAGGACGGGCGACCAGAAAAGGGGCGUGAUAAUAAAAUGCAGCCUCUGUGCACCUACCCCGUUACGGCCACAUGUUCGCUCUCUGAAAUCAUAAUUAAAAACCAUGUGGUUUGGUUUGGCAGAACACUUUUAUCCAUGUUGUUGUAAACUAUAUUAGGUUUGUACACAGGAUGGCUCCUCACAAACCAUUAUUACAUUAGUACAUUUUGCUACUUGUGCCUCUUUAAAAUGUAUUAAAAGUAUUUUGUUUAAAAAAAGUAAUAAAGGUGUCAUUUUGGGGUUCAACU